AUGGAGGGCCUCCUAGCGGUUUUGCCUGUCGUCGAGGGUGAACACAAUAUCUUUGUUGACACGAAUCGACCUAUGCCAGAGCUCACUGGCGAAGGUGAUCGCGUCUUUGGCGGAAUUACACUCGGCCAGAGUCUCAACGCCGCCCAGCAAACCGUCUUGCCUCAAUUCGUCGCCCAUUCCAUGCACUGCACCUUUGUUUCGGGGCGAGGCGCCACGGUUGCCGUCGAGUACCACAUCGAGCGUAUCAAGGACGGCAGGCAGUUUUGUGUACGCGGUGUGCGUGCCGUUCAGGGAGGGCGAACGUUUUUUGUGGCCCUUGUCAAUUUUACUACACAAAUCCCUGGCAGCCUGCAUUACAGCAGCCGCUUUCCACACGACGUGCCGAUGCCACCGUCCGAGAAUGACGACGACAACAGCAGCGUCAAUUCCAGGAUACCGUUUCUGCACCACAGCGUCGGACUCAGGUCGCCCUCCGGCGAGACGCUCGCACAGAUACACCAGUGGGUGCGCGCCCGGGAACCCAUUUCAACCCAAAACAGUCCCAACACGCAUGCCCACCUGGCAGCACUGGCCUGCAUAUCUGACAGCUACUUGUUGGCCGGCGCGCCGCACAGCCACGGUAUCUAUGACUUUGCCAGCCCGCCCGUGUCAGAAGUGUACAACGGUGGCCACGGGCUAUCAUUGUUCUCGGAGACGCACCAGCCAAUCCCGCGGCCACACCUCAACUUCCCAGGCAGUGCUCCCUCGAAUGGACGGGUGAUCGUCAUGGCCAGCCUCGACCACAGCCUCUACUUCCACGACCCGGCACGCCUGCGAUCCGACCAGUGGCUGCUAUCUGAAAUCCACUCGUCCUGGGCCGACAGCGGUCGAGCGCUCGUGCACAUGAAAAUAUGGUGUAAGGAUGGUACGCUGGUGGCCAGUUGCAUGCAAGAAGGGCUGGUGAGCGUCGAGGAACUGUCACGGGCGAGAGACUCUCGGUUAUAG